AUGGAGUCCGACUUCCGCUCUGAAACCGAGGCCGCCCCGGAGCGCGACCACGAUCAAAGCACAAUCGAUGAAAAACCAAAGAAGAAGGCCUGCCCGUGGCCGAUCAUCCUUGGUAUUGGAGGGAUUGUGCUUCUUUUGCUGACCGCCUUCGUCUCUUUCAAAUUGGGCCAACAAUCGGCACCGGAAUUCGAGGAGCAUGGAGCGCCGCUCUGCGCUCAAAAUUCUUCGGGACAUGGAAUUCCGGAGUCCACCACGGCCGAAAAUUUGUGCACGACCAAGGGAUGUACAGAAGCCGCCAGCUUGAUCAUCGAAAACAUGAACCCGGCCCUCGACCCGUGCGAGGAUUUCCACGAGUACGCCUGUGGGGGUUGGAAUCAGAAACGCGCCGACUUCUUGCUGAACAGCCUCUUCGACACGUUGAACCAGCAACUUUUGAACCUGAUCAUCAACGACAAGUCGGGAAUGGUGGCCGUCGAGAAGGCAAAUGCGUUUUAUGGGAACUGCAAAGCGCUGCGUGCCGAGAAUUUCAACUCCGACCUGAAGAAGUACGUCUUCUGGUUGGGCGAGGUACCGCUGAUCCGGCAGAAGCUGAUGGAGGGAUUGAGUAUGCCGACAAUCACCAGAACUGUCCUCAUGACGACCCUAAAUGCCUUCGUUUUGCUCCCUCCCCCUGACACACGCCCACCAAAUACCUUCCUACGCGUCGAGGCCACCAUUGGGCCAAAGAUUAAGCUUGCGUUCAACGAGCCGGCGCCCAUUUUUUCGGCGGUCUGGACAACAAGGCGGACAUCAAGGCCGAGGUGGAAAAGGCCCGAGUACACCCGUGAGAGUAAUAUUGACGGUCUUGUGGCCUUCUACAUGAAGCUGCAUGAGGUGUUCACCAAGAAGCUCCAGAACAACGAAGCUACCCAUACGAUCGGCCAAUUACAGGAGAUGGCGCUGAUGUACGACUGGCUGUACUUUAUCAGUUGGCAUCUGCCAAACUACGAGCUGCAGAUUAUCCGCCAGACGCAGAUUACGUUCACGCAGGAGUACGAUUUGGCAGCCCUGUCCAAAGUCUUGGUUGACUUUCCACGUAGCGACGUCCAGAACUUCUUCUUUUUGAACUGGGCCCGCCAUCUAAAGGAGCGAUUCGACACUCGUGCUAAGAUCGGAUGCGAAAAACGACUCCUCUUCUACUUCACAAAACUCACUGAACACCUCGCCAUCGACACGAUCAGAUUCAGAAGUGAUGUUGAAGACGUGAAGGUUCUGGGCCAGGAGAUGCGCGAGGGUUUCCAGCGAGUGUUCGACGAGAACACGUGGCUGGAUGCGGAGACGAAGGCCCAGCUAAAGAAACGCCUCGACGACCUCAAGGAGUUUUAUGGGUACAAUGAGCAUGCGCUGGAUCGGAAUACAAUCGAGGGAUUCUACGAGACGCUCCCGAUCCCCGAGGAAUGGAACCUUCUGACGAUGAUGCAAUUCGAAGAGAGUGCUGCGUGGUUCGUCAUGCAUAUGGACCUGAAAAGCAUCUUCGGCCUGGAGGCGGCUAUGCCCUUCAAAGCCGCGAAUUGGGACAACAAGCUGAUUGUUGUUUCCCUUGGCAUGAUCGGCGCUCCGUUGUACAACCCGAACUGGCCGCUCGAGUUCCAGUACGGCGGGCUCGGUUUGAUCAUCGUACACGAAAUGACGCACUCGUUCGAGGAUCGAAGCGAUCUACCACCGGGCAAUGUUGGCAACGACACCGACGAGUUCUUGGAAAAAACCAAGUGCUUCGAAGACCAAUUCGGGAACAUCAUCUACGAGAACCCACGCUUCAACAUCACCGCCAAGGCCAACGGUCAAAAGCAACGCUUUGAAGCUCUCCCCGACAACAAUGGCAUCCGCAUCGCUUCACGGGCCUACCUUGAGAAACGCCAGAAGCUCUACGGCCGGAACCCACCGAAAUUGCCUGGCCUUCAGGAGUUCACCAAUGAUCAGCUGUUCUACUUGGCGGUCGGCCAGAUGUAUUGCGGGCGCCAGCCGACGAUCUAUCCGAAUCAGACCCCAGCAGAACGUGCCUGGCUUGACGCUCAACACCCGGUGCCAAAUGUUCGCCUUAACGGGCUCUUACAAAAUUUCAAACCGUUCGCAACGGCCUUCAAGUGCAAGCUGAAUUCGACGAUGAACCCGAUGCGCGAAUGCCGCGUCUACCGCCACCGCAUCCAC